AUGAGUCUACUGUCUGUAAACACCGUCGAUCGGCUGGACCGACCCAGCGCAUACUUUGGCAAAAACAAGCGACGCAGAUACAACGAGGAGGAGGAACAACAACAGGAAAAGCCUGACGACAAGCUCAAGAAUGCGACUACUCUCUAUGUGGGAAAUCUCUCUUUCUAUACCACAGAGGAGCAAAUCCAUGAACUUUUUGCUAAGUGCGGCGAGAUCAAGCGACUGGUGAUGGGCCUCGAUCGCUUCAACAAGACACCCUGCGGGUUCUGCUUCGUGGAAUAUUAUACCCACCAGGAUGCGCUGGAUUGCUUGAAAUAUGUCGGAGGAACCAAGCUGGAUGAGCGGAUUAUUCGCACAGAUCUCGACCCCGGAUUUGAGGAAGGACGGCAGUUCGGACGAGGAAAAUCUGGUGGUCAAGUGCGUGAUGAAUACCGCGAGGAAUACGAUCCAGGCCGUGGUGGAUAUGGUCGCGCCUACGACGAGCAGCGCCAACGUGAGGAGGAUGAAUACGGUGCCGGAAGGUAG